CCAGGGUGAAAAUACUCUACAGCACUUCACUUACUCCAUAACUACAACCACUCAGCAUUUCUUCUCUUUUAGCUGCGUUAUCAGAUCCUCGGAUCUUCGUGGUCCCCUGACGGCAUACCACUUCGCGCGUCUGCAUCCCCUGCCAGUGCCACAGGACAGCCGUUCGACUGGUCGAAUCAUCCUUCAGUACUCCCGUAUCUGCACCCCGGUCACCUGCAUUGCCUGGUCGCGACGACGCCCGUCUGACCUAAACACCUUUCAAUCCUCAAUACCUUGGAGAUGGACUGAGCGAGCACCUCUGAGGGUGUUCAAUGUCGAGACACUCGGGCUGUAUGUGAAAGAGAAGGCUUCCCUCAUCACACUGCCCGCGGGCUCCGAACGGCCGUUGUAACGAUGCCUUACCGACAACAUCCAACCUCGACCGCGAGCCAGUCGAAAUAUUCUAAUCCUGUCAGAACCGAUGACUCGGACAAUGGUGGUACGAACUGCAUGCAAAGCAGGAAUGCAGCAGAUCAAUCCUGGCUGACCACGUUCAAUCUUGCAGCAGAAAAUCUCCUACCGAAGAAGCCUCCCUCGGCCUUCCCAACUUCGUCCGCCUCGAUAGCUACACGACGUGAUGGUGGUGACAAUGCCAGCACCGCGUCAACAUUUAGUUCCCGCCGAAGGCAGUCGUCAAUACCGAGCGCCAAAGCUCCCAUGGGCCCGCGUCCACUGGACCAUGGGAUGGGGAAAAGGUCCGUCAGCAACUCUAUGACGCCGCAGUUCAAUUCCUCACGAGGCCCGUCCGCCGUCGCCUCCCAAGAUCUUUACACCCGCGAAUUAUCCAUCAACGACAUUUCUCGCUUCAGCUUCGCAUCCAUACAGGCCAAGCCGUCGGCGCAGGAAGAGGGGGAUGGAUCUCUGGACUUUGGCAACUUCCUCGAACCGACUUUCAACUUCGAUGACUUCCAAGACACGAUAGUGGGCACAGAACCCAAUCUGAACAAUUUCCCACUUCCCCGAAGAGGCACUUCCAUCAAAAAACCUCCAUCGUCAGAGACACUUUCAGAAGGCAAGAAACCUGCACCACAACCCGCCAUUCCCGUGCCCUCACGCAAAGGGCAGGGGACAGUUCCUAUUGCUAGGAAAAAUUCGACGGCAUCUACAGCGUCGAGAAAUUCCGGGGGCUCGGCGUCGAUGACCGGUAGCACACAAUCAGGACUACGAGGGAGAAGACAAAGCCAUUUCCCGCCCAAUUCGUUCAAUAACGCAGGCACCACCACGAAAGCGCCUAGGAAAUCUGUCGGUCCCGGCACAUUUAUCCCUCCUGGAUUAACGGACAAAUCAGGAAUGAAACGAAGACCCAGCGCCGGUGGAAGAAAGUCAAGCGCAGAAAGCAUCAAAAGUCUACCCGUUAGAGGUGUCAAUAGAGCAGAAGAAAGCGGCUCUGAAGACACAAGAACAGGUGGCACAAUUAAAGGACGAGCUUCUCUAGCACCCAAGAGGCAAGCGUCAAAAGAUCUACUCACGCCAUCAAGAACUCCUGAUCCCUUAAGGUCAACACCCAGUGCCCAUCAUACUCCAACCAGAAGAAGUGGAACUCCGGGAAGAACAACAACACCAGGAGGUAAUAGUGAUCGUAACCGUCGAAUAUCAGUAAUGCCCCAUCAUGCAACGGGUUUGGGUGCCAGAACUGUAAGCCCAACUGAUGCUCGACGGAGGCAGAGGAUGUCCAUCGUUCCUCCCGCACCACCUCUUCCCCAGAGCCGAAUCUCGCAGGCACCACCCACACCUCAGCCGGACCCAGUGCCUCAACUACCGUCUUCAGACUUGCAAUCACCAGGAAUCCCAAGUCGCAAGAGUCUGACACCAUCAUCUUCGAGAACUACACCAGAUCCAAACCGCAAAUCAUACAGCUCUGGGCAGUCUUUAUCCUCAAAUACCAGCUACAACUCGGUCAAAAACACUGUCAACAACGUCGCUAGGUUAUCUCAAGUGAUGAAUUCUUCGAGACUCCCAACACCGAAACCUCGCCUCGAUAUCUCUACCAGCAGUAAUUUCGAGCUGGAAGUACCACCCGUCCCUGCUAUACCGAAGGCGUAUGAAUCUCCAGGAAGUGAACAAGACCAGCCAUUCUUCUCGGCCAGAUCAUCGAGUCUGCCACCGUUUGAUGCUCCAAUUCCUGUGAGUCCGAUUGUCUCGAGUGUUGACGACGCUAUGAAGGCGCUGGAAACGCCCCGAGUUCCAAGCCCGCCUCCGAAUAUGCCCACGCAAUCUCUGCAGCCCGAAACAGAGCCAAAGCCAAAGCCACAAGCCAAGGCAGGGAAAAAGAAUGUUCAGAGCCUCCGGUUACCUCCUCUCAAUUUGCUUCCUCUGAGUACACCAACAUCUGCAAAGAUCAAGUCGCUCAAUGGAAAAUCAGAGCUUGGUGAGAAACCUGGAACACCCCCGGGAAAUCGUGCCAUAAUGAAAACUCCGAGUACUCCAAUGACUGCAUCCAAGGCCAGCUUCUUCUCCAGAGGGCACAAGUCUACCGACGAGAGCUUAACAUUACGAAGUAGUACUUCACAUCAUGCUCUUCGAUCAGACGAGUUGCGGCCACCUAGUGACAUCAGCCCAAGUUUGCCCGCAUUCGCCUUCGAGGAAAAGUCCAGCAAUCGGAACAUUUCACCUUUUAUUUCGUCAUCCGUCCCCAAACCAGAUGAAUUCUCAAACUUUAUGCGACCCAAUUUUAUCACGGAGCAACUGCAUAGAAAUCCAAGUCAAGCCAAGCCAAACGGACCUAGAGCCCCGAGCUUUUCUGUUACACCCAAAGCUGAAGUGACACCAAGUCCUGUUGAGAAGCAGCCUGAGAGCGAGUCUGUAUUCUCCACUGCGGUACUGAGGAGAAAGUUGAGCCGCAAGAAGAGUGAAGCAAAGGCGGUAGAGCGCAAUGUGCAAGAGGACGAGCUGGCGAAAUAUGACAACAUGCCUCCUCCCAAGCUUCCAGCCUCCGCCAGUUGGACAAACACCAACGCAAACAGCUCCAGUCCUCAAAAACCGUCCUAUAUUAGAUCCAGACGUCAGACCUCUACUUCAAGCAUCAAGCUCGUACCGGAACGACAGGACAGCAUUGAUAGUACAAUAUCAACGACUCGUCCGUCGAUGGAGGCAACCAGGACACUUAUGAUUCAUUCCAACAGAUCAGGCUCUUUGUCCGCGAGUGCUCCUAAUCUGCUAGGCCCGAAAAUCAUUCCACCCAAACAGGAGCCAGCUCUAGAUCGAGAUGACAUGGCUGCUGAAGAUGAAAUGAAGAAGUUGGCUCACAAGAGAAAGGAUUUCGAAUCUGCUGCACGCCAACUUGAUGCCCUGCAGGCCAGAGCUAAGCCUGUUCGCCGCAUGCCCCAUGAGACUGCGUCACGGAUCUUCAACCUCAAUAUCUUUGAGCGUGGCGAAAUUGUCGACUAUGCUGACAUAUAUUUCACGGGCACAUUGAGCGCACGAAAAAUCGUGGGCGACUUGAAAUCUGCAUCCUCAAACUUCGGCUAUGAUGAUGAGCGAGGUGACUACAAUAUCAUUGAAGGUGAUCAUCUGGCCUACCGAUACGAGGUUGUCGACGUGCUCGGAAAGGGUAGCUUUGGUCAAGUCGUCCGUUGUGUCGAUCACAAGACCGGCAUUCUUGUUGCCGUCAAGAUCAUCCGAAACAAGAAAAGAUUCCACCAGCAAGCCCUUGUGGAGGUCAACAUCCUCCAGAAGCUGAAAGAAUGGGACCCUCACAAAAAGUAUAGCGUGGUCAAUUUCGACCAAAGCUUUUACUUCCGUGGCCACCUUUGUAUAUCCACCGACCUACUUGGUAUGAACCUUUACGAAUUCAUCAAAGCUCACGAUUUCCGGGGAUUCUCCCUGAAACUUAUUCGACGAUUCACGAAACAACUCCUGCAAACUCUGAUUCUUCUGCAACAACAUAAAGUCAUUCACUGCGAUCUGAAGCCUGAGAAUAUCUUAUUGGCGCAUCCCAUUCAUUCUGAAAUCAAGGUCAUUGAUUUCGGCUCUAGUUGUUUCGAGAACGAGAAAGUGUACACCUAUAUUCAGUCGCGGUUUUACCGAUCUCCCGAAGUCAUUCUUGGAAUGUCCUAUGGCAUGCCGAUAGACAUGUGGAGUGUCGGAUGUAUUCUGGCGGAGCUCUAUACUGGCUACCCCAUUUUCCCUGGCGAGAAUGAACAAGAGCAGCUGGCUUGUAUAAUGGAAGUCUUUGGCCCGCCCGAAAAGCACCUGAUCGAAAAGAGCAGCCGCAAGAAACUUUUCUUUGACUCGAUGGGCAAGCCACGAGUGACGGUUUCCUCGAAGGGACGAAGGAGGAGACCCAGCUCGAAAGACCUGAGACAAGUCCUCAAAUGUGACGAUGAGGCAUUCCUCGAUUUUAUCGCGAAGUGUCUGAGAUGGGAUCCCAGCCGAAGAAUGAACCCCGCGGAAGCAAACAAGCACGAGUUCAUUACUGGUGUCAAGAUGCCCAGUGCCAGCCGGAGAAACCUUUCGGCCGUAAAUACUCCCAUCAAAAGAGUAAAUUCUGUCAAUACAGCCGGCGGAGCCAGACCUCUGCCACAGCCCCCGUCUAGCACCUUGAAAGCCCCUGGAGGAAAUCGACAAGAAACAUCUCCCAAUAAGCCCGGAGCAAGGCGCCAGUCGACAAUGCCUCCAGCUUCACAGGGAACAUCUCAGGCGAAGAGAGCCUCUCACGCUGCCAUGGCCUCUUCGACCUCGAAUCCCAGCUUCACGCGAUUGACUGUCGGUCAACGGACCAUGAGUGGAAGAUCUGACCUCGCCACUGCGGCUGCCGCCGCAAGCUUGGUCAAGUAGGACCUCGACCAAGCACCAGGACAAGAAUUGUCAAGAUCGCAACCAGACUGGAAGGGAGGACGAAUUUCUUACUAUCAUUAAUGAAUAUAUAAAGAUCAGCAUAGCAGAUAUGGAAGUUUACAGUCGGCCGCACACUGAACAAUUCUCGCCAAAGGGGGAUACCGUUCGUGGGGUUUUCAUAAUUCUUGAAGACGAAACGGAAUUGAAAUGCAUUCGAGGAAUUUGUCGAGUUCAAACAUCAUAUACCCAACGCAUGCUCGUUGUUUUUUUUUUGAUUCUUGGGAGGACCUAGUCUUAUUACAAGGAAGACCAAAAAAAGGAUCGAACUCUAAUUUUCCUCUUGUCCACGUCUAUAACUGAACCUUGGCCACUCACUUAUCACUUAAAGUGAGUGGUUUCGAGUGAAAAGGGCAUGAAUUCA